AUGGACAGCGAAGACAUCCUCGCCGAGAUCCUCCUCCGUCUCUCCCCGCAUCCUUCCUCCCUGCCUCGCGCAUCCCUCGUCUGCAAACGCUGGCGGCGCCUCGUCACCGACCCCGGCUUCAUCCGUCGCUUUGCCCACCAUUGCAAGCAACCCAUCAUCGGCGUAUUCUUUGCCUUAUUCCGCGGCAAGCCCUCCUUCAGGCCGACGUUGGAUCCGCCGGACUCCAUCCCGCCCGACCGCUUCUCCCUCCGGCUCGAGGGCGACUCCUGGCACUUCCACGGCUGCCGCCACGGCCGCGUGCUCCUUACCAAGAACCUCUGCGGCCACAUUCAGCAGGUGCUGGUGUGGGACCCUGUCACAGGCGACCAGCGCUUCCUAGGCGUUCCACGGCACUUGGAGGAUGUUUGGAGCACGCGCAGAGUGGCAUCGGCCGUCGUCUGUGCUGCCGGUGGCAAGGGCGGCGUGCACGGGGGCUUCCACUCGAGCCCCUUCAAGGUGGUUUUAUUGUGCAACAAUCAGGCCGUCGCUGCACAAGUCUUCUCAUACGUUUACUCAUCAGAGACCGGUGCCUGGGGCAAUCUCAUUUCGGAAUCGGCUCGGUCGCUGGCCACGGUUAACUCUCGACACAUCAUGGUUGGGAAUUCCCUGUAUUGGUUUGUUUUUGCUCGUGAGGUUCGCAUCCUCGAGUUUGAUAUGGACACGGAGAGCUUCGCGGAGAUAGAGAGGUGCCAUCGGAGGCCUAUGUCGGGCACCGGCACAAUGGCCUCUACUUAA